AUGUUUGUGUUCGUCGAGUUCGUGUCGAGACCCCGAAAGUAUAAAAUCCACGAUUUGUUCGUUCCGGUCACCAAUUUUUGGCUUCCCCAACUCAUUUAUUUCUGUCAGACGGCCAUCAAAAACACAAUGUUUUUGGGAUACGUCGUCGUGGCGGUCAAUCGAUUCACAGUCAUUUUCAGCCCCAAGUUGCACAACCAGGUAAGCUUGAAAGCCACACUUUUUGAUGGAAAAAUGGAAAAAUAGUGCAGAUCUGGACUCCGACUAUCAUUUCGUUAAUCUACGCCCUCGAAUGGUGUGCUCCAUCCACCGUACUCGUCCACAUUUUCUACAAUACCGGCAAUCACAACUUUUCUUUUUUGCCCUCCUCCAACGGAGGCCUUUCGCUUCGUGCCGACGCGGAUUUCAUGAAAUUGGAUGCCCUUCAGGUUGUGGUUGACUUGAAACAAAAAGUUAAGUUGCAAUUUUCCAGGACUUUAUCCUUUGCUCCGCCUCCUUCUCGCUCAGUUCGACAUUGUACAUCGCCACAAUUGUGUACCUCGUCAAAAAUGUCAAUUUGUCCGAUUCGCAAGCGCUGACCCGGUCGGUUAACCUGAAAAAACGGCGGAUUUCGGUGCCGUCCACCGAAUUCAUCAUCCUAAAAUGCGCCCUCUUCUCGUUUCUGCUCUUCGUUCCGAACGCCGUCAAAACGGGCGUUCUGUACUUUGCCACCGCACCGGACGUCCUCAACUUGGCCACCGACUUAUGGUACUUCACCACCGAGCUCAUGUCCGUCAGCUCGUGCUGGUCGCUUUUGUUGAGCAGUCACCGACUCAGACACGAGUUCUUCCCGAAAAUGUGAGUGUUUGUGAGACCUUUUUCUGAUUGUGAGACGAUUCGACACAUUUCAGCUACAUAUCAUUCGGCGGUUCGAGCUCGGUCGGUGGGACCACAUCGGGAAAUGGAAGGACAUGA